AUGUCAGACGAAGACAACGAAGAUGAAGCGGAGGAUUAUUGGAGGAUUCCAAUUCACCAAUACCUUGACAAAGGUAUCUUACCAGCCGAUGUCAAAGAGGCUCGGAAACUUGAAUCAAAAGCAGCAAUGUACAGCCUUCGUGAUGGGAUACUAUAUAGGAGGUCAUUUCUUGGACCUCUGAUGCGGUGCCUCUCACGAACCGAAGGAAGGAAAAUACUCCACGACAUACACAGCGGAGAUGCCGACAACCAUAGCGAAAGAAGGUCCUUGGCGGUCAAAGCCAAAAUGCAAGGAUACUACUGGAUAAGCAUGGAUGAAAACUCAAAGAACGUGGAUAAACAGUGUGCGAGAUGUCAACUCUUUGCCAGGAAGAUCAAAGCUCCAGCAACGGAGCUAAACUCGGUCAUCAUCCCUUGUCCAUUUGUCAAAUAG